GCUAGUGUCAAACCACUCGCGCCGAAACCGUGUUAGUAAACACGAGCAUGUUGAGGAGUGAACACGGAUUAAAAGAGCAUUGACAGCGUUUACGGAAUAAAAACAGCUCUGAGAGACACAUUCGCGCAUUGGCGGCGGCUUUGGUGCAUCUGAUGGAGGAUGAUGAAGAGGAACAGCUUCCUCACAGCCGUGAAACGCCACUGACAAACCAGAGCACAGAGAACAGAGACGCCUCUCGUGAACAAACCCCUACCAGACACGGACGGUUCGAAAACAGAUCCACGCAGACUUUAAAUUCAGCAAGAGCCGGAGAAAUGGCACCGUUCCAGGGUCCUGAAAGAGGAACAUCAUCUCACUGUGGAGAUGCGGAGGCCAGGACUGCCUUUAGAGGGCUUUGUGGCUUCGCGUCAUUUGCGACGGCCCCUGGGGUCCCGGAGGGGCCAAGAGCACUUUUUCACGGCAAUGCUGGGUUUCGUGCACACUUCCCCGCCCUGUUUGAACCCGUCCCGGAUGCAAACUCGGAAGAAAGCGAGGUGGAGGAAAGGAGUCCAGAAGACAAAGACGACGAACACGAGGCAGGAACCAGAGUGGAGGUUCAGAUCGGCCGCAAAUUACGGGAAAUGGGUGACCGCUUUCAGCGCGAACAUCUUCAUCUGUUCACACAGCAUCAAAGGGGCCAGAUGGGUUUGUUCCAGCUAGUGACAUCACUGUACAACUUUCUAUUUCCACAAGAAGGACCCCAAAAUGUCGGAGCGCAGAGAUGAAAGACCACCACACCUGUUUAGGACGCAAGUGUGUUCAACACAGCACUAAAAUCUGGAUUAUAUGGCUCCAAAACAGUGGCAAGAGGAACACUGGAAAGUUGCUGCUGGUCGGAGACUUUCCUGCUUUUUCAUUGUCAGAGUGGAGCGUUGGAGCAAGUGUGACUCUUUCUGGAGGUUGCAUAUCAAUAUAAAGAUCUCAAUAAUCUGCCUUAUGUCUCCCCAACAUUUUUAUUCCACAUGAGCGACUCUCGUCAGCGGAUGCUCAGGCAAUGUCUCUGCUGAAGACACCAGAAGAGAUUCUUGAGCUUUCUCUGCUGAUUCACAGCUUGACUCACGAGUGUUAUUGGGAUAGAGUUGAAGAAUUUUGUUCAGUCUCAACGGAUGAUGUCUUAACCAGUACAAGGCUGGUAAUCCAGAUGCCAGUAACGUGCUUCAUAAAAGACAGACGCACAGAAAAACGUUAAAAUGUUUUACUACCUGAAAAUCAAAAUCGAGCCAUUUUUGAUAACAAGAAAGAGAGAGAAAUAUGAUUUUUGUUAUUUAAAACUGAUACAUGUUGGUCUUUGCUAAAGAAGAUGUUUUCUCAUUAAGGGUGAAUGUACCACAUUCAAUUCACAGAUGAAAAAUAUGCGAACUAAACAUCUAGCAUGCUUCUUUGUUGAACAACGAAAAGAUUUUAAAACGUAUGAAUUUGCCUUAAUGAAUUCCCCUGUUCUGCAUUUCCAUUCUGCUGUUUUAUAGCGCGGAUAUAUGAAUUACUUAAUGAUACUUAGAGAUGAAAUUCAUUUCUCUCAGGCACCGCGGUAUAAGUUUAGAUGCCAGUGUUUUAAACCACCUGUUAAAUAAUUGACCCUUUGCUAUGCCCCACCCUAAAAACAUUACUGACCAAUACACAAUACAUGCUUUGUUUCUAAAGCAGGUCUAUGGAAUUGACACAAUAAAAAAAGUAUUAUUAAAAACCUUAAUCAAGAGGCAGGACAUAGAAAAGGGUAGAUUGUGGACAACCGGGAGUUUAAAAACCACCAAACCAUCUUUUACAGUUUAACCCAAGCGAUACAUGCAAUCAUAAUAUUUAUUAAAUGCAUAUUUGUAUAUAGCAAUCACUGGUUAUAAAGAGGAGCUUUUUAUGACUGUAAAUGUAUUAGAGGGAACGUGUCCUCCUCUAUAAGGCAUAAAUAUGCUUUGCUUAAAAACGAGGACAAUAAUGAACUCAAGAGAUGUAGAUUUCUUCUAUAAGCGUCCAGUGAAACGGCCAGACUGCGUCAUGAGCUUGGCUUAUGAUCUGGUGUCUGUUAAUAUUUUAGAGUUUGUAUUUGAUAAGUAAUUAUUUAUUUUCCAUAUAUCUUAAACCUAUAAUGUAAAGUGAAAUGAAUAUAAAUAUGAGAUUAAGUUCUAAAAUCUUUCCAUUUCCGAUUUCUUAUAUGCUUUCUUUGUGGUACAAUCUACUGAGGUGCCUGUACCUUGCAGUUUACAACUUUAUAAUGUAUUUAUAAUAAUAGCUUGUGCAUUAUUGAUAAAGGGAUACAGUUUAUGACAUAUUCAUGUUUUCUAUGAUUGCAUAUUAUUUUCAAUUCCAGACCAUUUUGUUUCUUGAAAACAUUCCAUGGAGGUUAUUUCCAGUGCUGUGAUGUAUUGUUGUCCUGUUCUUUUGACGGGUGUGCCUGUAACGCUUGUGUGUUGAUAUCAACAACACUCGCAGACAAUCAAACAGCUGAAGGUGCCUUAACAGCAGGCAGGUGAUGAAGAUUCAUGACAUCAUCACCCCAAACAGAUCUGAGCGUUGCGAGCGCUGGUUCUUUGGGUCGAGGGAGACUGCAAAAAUGACCUCGACCUAAAUGACAGAGACUAUCAGAUUUAUCUCGCCAGCUGAAGAUUCACGGGAUAAAACCUCUGCCAUCUGAUUCCUCCAGUAUGAAAUGCUGUUACAAAUGCACUUGCUUAAACCAUUUUUUUUGUCAAAGUCGAUAAAUCGAUGAUGUUAUUUGGAAUGUUUACGGGACUUUUUUAAAUUUCGGUACUUUGUCAUAGACUCUGAGAAAUGCACAAUUCUCGUAUUAAAUGCUUUUAUGAAAAUGUCUUUUUUUAUCAUGCAUCAUAAAAGCUGUCAUAUAAAUGCUGAAAAUUUCUGCAAUUACCUGCAUUAAAGUAUUUAUGGA